AUGAACAUCUCAACGAUCUCGAGCUUGAGCGGCACACGACCGUUUGUGGGCCGAAGAAAUAAAAUGACAGCGGCCGAUGUUCGCCGGCACAUCAUGGCUGGGAGUUUAAUCGGCCAUCCAGCUGCGGCACAACACGAACAAACUGAUGGAAACACUCAAUCGACGGUGGUUUUAUUGGAUGUGGUUGAUCCAGUGGAUGUUGAAGAGGUGUUGAGCCAUCGAAAGACGAGCUCUCUCUAUGACACAACAUCAACGGCUAGCCCGAGGAAGGUCAGUGAAUUCCCGGCAGACGAUGUCGAGGUGCGAAUCGUGGCUCGAGAACAGCCGACGCUUGACCCGCCCGUCAAUGUUGAUCUCAAUUUAGAGACAGUGGAUCCACAUGUGCGCGAUGUGGCGACAGCGUUGAGCGACUCUUUCUCCCUCGUUCAAAGGAGAUAUCAACAAUUCGGCAGCGGUGACGCUUAUGUACGCAUGUUGAUCGAGAGACCGAUCGUCGCCCGGAAUGCACCAAUGCACAAUUUUGAAAAUGAAAGCAUCUUGAGUGAUCGUUUAACGAGAAGCGCAAGUUUGGUGGAAACCGAAGAGUCAAAGAGACACUCAUACGCAUCAACUAUUUCAUCGAGUACAAUGGCAAGCGGUGAUGCACAAGUCGAAUCGCGUCUCAACCUCUCGCAACCGGAUCCUGUUAUCCCCAAUAUCACUCAACGAUUAACGCCCGGUCAAAUGGAUGCGUCGAAUGAGGCGAGGCGAUUGACGGGUCGACAACAGCAAAAUCUCGUCAAUCUUUUACCGCCACAAGAUGAAAACGAUGUGAUCGAGAAAAGAAGCUCUCCCCCGUUUCCCGAGGAGCGCGGCUCGCACAAAUUGAUUAUCAAAGUUGUUAAGCUUCACAUCGAGCCCUCAUUCGAACCAAUCUUCGGCUCAAUUGCUCUCUACGAUGCGAAAAUGAAAAGAAAGGUGACGGAGAAUUUCCACUUCGACGUCAACCCACCGCAUCUUCGAGCGAUGAUGACUCAAUACCCGGCCGAUCCCGCUUUCCCAUUUCUCACCACUGAUGAAGCAAUUGAAAAAUGUUACCAAGCCGCUUUUCAUCUAAACACAUCACUUCAUGAUCUUUUCAUCGUUGUCAGGCUCGAAAAAGUCCUCCAAGCUUGCGAUGUUUUCGAUGCAUCUGAGCCUUAUGCAAAUGGGAUUCGAGAUGAGAAAGCGAGAGAGAAAAUGGCUGCAAUGGCGAGGAAUAACUGCCAGAGAUUGGGUUCUUAUCGAAUGCCUCUUGGUUUUCUCGUGAUCGAUUUGUGGCGAACGUUUUGUGAUUCAGAGAGAGGCUUUGAGAGUCUUGAAAGAGAAGAAAGACUUGUGGCAGAAUCCGAUUUGGCACCGUUGGCAUCACUGGCUGGAGAGACUGAAAGUAUUGUUAGUGCUGACCGUAUCUCCAUCUCGACCGCCUCAACUUUCCGUCGAAUGGGCUCAGGCACGUCGGCGAGCACCGUACUCAACCGCGUGCGGACUCCACUUCAACGACGAAAAUUUCUGGGUGGAAGCGAAGAUCUCGAAAGCCAAUCUGCCUCGAUUCAUCCCGUUUCAAAACCGGAACCCUCAAUCGCGAAUUUGCAACCAUUUCACCGAACCUAUACUCAUUUUUAUAGACAAGAAUCUGAUCGAAUCUCUGACGAGGAGCUAUUCCGUUUAUUAGCCGAGGCUCGCAAAAGUGGUGGAAAGUUGGGCAAACUUAAAACCUUCCCAUGCGUGUUGACAUUGGAAUAUCGAGGUCAAAGCGCCGAGGAUCUCCUCACGAGGCUUAGCCCCGAAAUGCUCAGAAUCAAUCCAUUUUUGGGCGGACAGGGCGCAGAGUUGACAAAGGACAUCCUCGAGUUUCCUAGCAAAGGGCAAUACGCGGUGAACUCUGGAUAUAGAAAUCUUCUCUACAUUUAUCCGAAAUCGGUGAAUCUGAGCGGCCGACCAGGCACCGCGAGAAAUAUCGCCAUAAAAAUCGAGUUGAUGAAUGAAAAGGAAGAACCACAAAGAGUUUUCUUCAACAAUGCAGCCGAUAUUCGAAUGAGUACUCAAGUCUUCACAACAGUCAUCUAUCACAAUAAAACCCCCGAAUUAUCCGAUGAGAUCAAGAUCGCAAUCCCUUGGGAUCUCUCUGAUGGACAUCAUCUCUUAUUCACUUUUUAUCAUGUCUCGUGUAAAUGGCAACAAGGACAAGAGGAACAAGUCGAUUUCCCGAUCGGGUAUACGUGGAUCCCGUUGUGCCGUCAGGGGAGUCUCUCGUGUUCGGAUUUCACUCUGCCCAUCUCGAUGGACAAACUUCCGCAAUGCUACGGCUACCUCUCACCAGAUGUAGCACUGCCGAAUAUUCGCUGGGUCGAGCAGCAUAAACCUCUCUUUCACGUGAAUCUCGUCGCCGUUAGCACUGUGCACACUCAGGAUGCGCAUCUCGAGAAAUUUUGCCUUUCGUUUGCCUCAUUGGCCUCGACGAAUCCCAAGCAACCGCCUGUCAACGAGACUCAACUCAUAGAAGCUAUUCAGGGAGUGAUCAAAGCUCGUCCAGAGCCGAUGGUUUCUUUCCUUUAUAGUAUUCUUGACAAGUUGCUCUUCUUAAUUGCCAAUCCGCCAUACAGUGAACAAGUAUCCACUGUUUCCUUUGAAACUCUCGGGCAAUUGGUGAAAAUCUGCACGAUGUUGUUAGACGGUUUCUGUGAUCGACACAAGAGAAGCUCUCUCCUCACCACAUACAUUCAUUAUUUUAAAAUCUCAAUGAAAGAGCACCGCUCACACUCCGCGUUGUGUCGACAAAUCUUUGAAGGUGGCAUCAAACAGCCCGGAUCACCGGAAACACAAAAGUUAUUUCAUCUCAUUGAGGGAAUGGAGAGAUCGCAAACCGGGCAGAAAAGCAAAAAUCGUUUUGUUGAUUUACCGUCUGGACCAACGACUAACAACAAGGCUCUUCACGAAGAAAUCCUUUCUUUAUGGAUUCAAAGCAUUGGCUCAGCGAGAGAGAUGGCUUACCUCAACGCAUGGUUUUUCCUCGAGCUUUUGAUCAAAUCGAUCGCUGAAUAUCUGUCAAUGACCGGCAGACUGUAUUUGAAUCGGAAAUCCCGAUUCUCGGAAAGAUUCAUAAAAUGUGUGGAUACUCUUUCGACAUCGAUCUGUGAACAAGUUGUUCAACGAGUCACUCAACAACCAACUCAGGCAGCUUCUCUCGCCAACAGUUGGGCAUUUUUCUUGAGAGACUCUUUUUCGUUGAUGGAUCGAAGCUAUGUGCUGAGUUUGGUUCGUGAUUUCAACAAGGUGCUCACAACGAAAAUCAGUGGCUCCUCUGAAGCCGCUUCUCCAGUGCUUUUGUCAAUCAAAUUGGACACAUUACGAAUCAUUUCUUCACAUGAGCAUUUUCUCGUCUUGAAUCUUCCACUUGGAAUGCCAUCGAAUGGAUCGAAUCCAUCAUUUAUUCCACCCUCAACAUUGCCCACACAAAAUACUUCCGGUUUGCAAGCAAUGCCGCCAAGCCCCGGUGGAUCGAGUUUGAGCAGUCGCGGCUCGUCAUCUCAUGCCGGUGACUCUCUCUCGGUUUCCUCGUCGAUCUCCCUUUGUCCGUCAUUAAGUCAAGCUUUCCGUUCGCGACAUUAUCUCAUCGGAUUGAUUCUCUCCGAUCUUGCCGCCGUUCUCGAUUCAUGUCAUAAUCGAGUUUUACACGCAAAAGCAAUCGGUGUGGUGAGGAAUCUUCUCGCAGCUCACGAAGCUGAUUCAAGGCUGAGUGAGCCGACUAUUAGAUCUCGAAUUGCUACUCUAUAUCUACCAUUGAUUGAUAUUAUUCUUGAUGCUUUACCGCAACUACAUGAUCCGUAUGCUGGAAGAGAGGCUUCAAGGCAGAGUCGAGUCUUGAGUGCGGAUCACGAUGAAAUGAAUGUCGCAAAUGAUGUAGCUCUCGCAAUAGCCGGUAUUGGAUCAACAGCGAUCACACGAGAAAGGGAUAGCACUCAUACACAAAUCCUUCAACCACACAAAAGUCCCCUCAGCGCUGAGCUCACCUCACAGCUUCUUUGUUGUCUCUGCUGGGUGUUGAGGAAUGUCGAGAAAACAUCGCUUCGCUCAUUUUUGAGAGAAAUGCCGCCGACAAGGUUGUCCGGAUUGUUGGAUGCGCUUCAAUUAGCUGUUUCCUCAUUCGAGUAUAGAACAACGCCGGACGAUUUAAUGGGCGACUCACAAAUGAUCGACAAUGAAGAGAAUGUCGAGAAGAAAUAUGGAGUCAAGAUGAGAAAAGAGAAAUCCUCGCAUCGAGACAAUGACGAGAAAGCGUUGAGAGCGCUGGCUUGUUCGGAAGUUGUGCUCACCGCAUUGGACACUAUUGAAAUGAUCGUGAAAGUUGUCUCAAUGCCCGGCUCGGAUCAUCUCACUUUCGCUCUACCGAUUGUCCUCCGUGUGUUGUUACACAUGCUCUCAUGUGAGCAAUCGGUUCAAACGCUUGAAUGCGUUUUCGCAUCACAACGAGCGCUUGUCACAAAGUUUCCCGAAAUGAUUUUUGAACAGGAAACCGAGCAAUGUGCCGAGUUGACUUUGCAACUCUUGCGUCACUGUGCUUUCCGCUUGCCGAUCAUACGAUCACAGGCAGCUGCCAGCAUUUUCCAGCUGUUCCGAGAGGCAUGGGAAUCAGGUGAAAGCUUGGCUCGUGUGAAAAUGCACGUGACCAUGUCCCUCUCAACUCUUGUCUCAAAUGGAACAAGAUUGGGAGUUUGGUUGAACGAGGAAUGCCUUCGCCGUAGUCUCAAAACGGUUCUCCUUUACGCUGAUCAGGAAAACGCCGACCCAUACACUAGGACUGGAACGAGUUUCCGCGAGCAGGUGAAAGACUUGAUCUUCAAUUUGCACAUGAUUCUAUCGGAUACGGUGAAAAUGAAAGAGUUCGCGAACGAUUUUCACAUGACGAUCGAUUUGAUGUACCGAGUGGCAAAAGGCUAUCAGAAUAACCCGGAUUUAAGAGUGACCUGGUUGCUGAAUAUGGCGUCAAGACAAGCCGAUGCUGGCCUUCAUGCUGAGUCGGCUCUUUGCAUCAUUCACGCAGCUGCUCUGGUGGCUGAGUAUCUAGCGAUGACGAAUAUUGAAGAAUACUAUCCAAAAGGAGCCGUUGAUUUCGGGGAAAUCAGUGAGAAUAUACUGGAGGAGAGUGCCGUUUCUGAUGAUGUUGUGAGUCCCGAAGUGGAGGGCAUUUGUGAGUCGCGGCAUUUCUCCGCCGAAGGACUUGUUCAUUUGGUGGAAAGAGGAGCGAAUCUCUUGGAGAAAGCUGGAAUGUACGAGGCUUUACCACAUCUGUAUAAGGUAAUCGAGCCAAUCGUUUGGGAGUGGAGAGAUUUUCAACGGCUCGCCGCCAUUCAUUUGAGACUUUCGACUUCUUUAUCGAAAAUCGAGCCCUCUAUUUGUGUGCUGGAUAACGCGGCCGAUAUGUGGGGAAGCCCGUUGGCUAGUGCCGAUAAACGUUGCUUUGGCACGUAUUUCCGCGUGGGUUUCUAUGGAGAGAAAUUUGGGGAUCUCGAUGGAGAGGAAUACAUUUACAAGGAGCCACCAUUUACAAAGUUAUCUGAGAUCUCGUCUCGUUUGGAGGCUUUCUAUUCGGAUCGUUUCGGGCAUGGAACGGUUGAAGUGAUCAAGGAUAGCAAUAAUGUCGUCCGUACUGCUCACAGCUCGUCGAAAGCCUACCUCCAGAUCACCUAUGUCGAGCCAUACUUUGAGAAAUGGGAGAAACGACGUCGACCCACACAUUAUGAAAGAAGUCACAAUGUGAAGAGAUUCAUCUUUGCCACUCCGUUUACUCGAGAUGGAAAAGCGCACGGAGAUCUGAAAGAUCAAUACAAAAGGAGAACCAUUCUCACAACACAAAAUGCAUUCCCAUACGUGAAGUCGAGAAUUCGAGUCGUCCAAAAGGAGCAAAAAGUUCUCACGCCGAUUGAAGUCGCAAUUGAAGACAUUGAAAGAAAGACUCGAGAACUCUGCGCGGCAAUGUCACAAUCGCCACCAGAUGCAAAAAUGCUCCAAAUGGUGGUGCAAGGUUGCAUUGGCACCCAAGUGAAUCAAGGGCCAAUCCAGGUGGCCAACGUGUUCCUCGUCAAUUGUGCAUUGGAUGAACGGGGCAAACCCGUUGAUCGACUGCAAAACAAGCUCCGGCUUUGCUUCAAAGAUUUUAGCAAGAAAUGCUGUGACGCUUUGAUGUUAAACAAGCAACUCAUCCAACCCGAUCAAUUGGCCUAUCAGAACGAGUUGCAACGAAACUAUGACGAGUUCAGCAAGCGAAUGGCGCCCAUUUUGGGGACGCCGAUUCGCACUCGAGACCGCAACAGUGAAAGGGAUCUCCCGAAUUCGGGACAAAACGAAGUUUUUCUCUUCGCCAGUGAUCUCGGACUGGCUACGAAUGUU